UUCUUAUAUGCUGUGCGCGCAAUCGCAAAAGAUUUAGCAGAGCCGCAACAUUUCACUGCCACUGAUAGUGAAACCGGCCCGAUAAGACGAUGCGCAGCUCCAAAGCUCAACCGGCGCUUCAGUCUGUUGUGAAGAUUCUACCGGUACGGUUUUAUGUUAGGUCGUCGUAAUGCGAAGUAGUGUGGUGGCUUUAGCGUUCGCUGCGUUCGGUUUGCUACUGGUGACAGGUGCCAUUGGCCAAGAUGAAAUAACGCGACGCUUCCCGGACGGGUUCGAGUUUGGGGUCGGUACUUCGGCGUACCAGAUCGAGGGUGGCUGGAACGAGGACGGCAAGGGUGAAUCGAUCUGGGACCAUCUGUCGCACACCGUGCCGUCGAAGAUUGUGGACGGCUCUACGGGCGAUGUGGCGUGCGAUAGCUACCACCAGUGGAAGCGGGACGUGGAAAUGGUGAACGAACUGGGCGUACAGUACUAUCGGUUUUCGAUCUCGUGGCCGCGCCUCAUGCCGACCGGAUUGAGCAAUAGCGUGAACGAGAAGGGAAUAGAGUACUACAACAAGCUAAUAGACGAGCUGUUGUGGAAUGGCAUAAAGCCGAUGGUGACCCUGUACCACUGGGAUUUGCCCCAGCGGUUGCAGGAGCUCGGUGGAUGGUUGAACCCGGCGAUUGUGGAGUACUUCCGGGAGUAUGUGCGCGUUGCGUUCAGCCGCUUUGGCGAUCGGGUGAAGCUCUGGACGACGAUCAACGAGCCGUGGCAUAUUUGCGAGAAUGGGUACGGUAGGGAGGAGAUGGCACCGGGGUACGAUUUCCCGGGCGUGCCGGCGUACAUGUGUGGCCACCACAUACUGCUAGCGCACGGGGAAGCUGUCCGGCUGUAUCGAAGCACGUUUGAGAGCGUUCAGCAGGGCAAGAUCGGCAUUUCACUGGACGCACGGUGGCCCGAACCGGCCCACAUCCUGUCGGAAGAUGACCGGGAAGCGUCCGACUGGCAGCUACAGUUUCAUCUUGGUUGGUUCGCGCAUCCCAUCUUCAGUGCUGAAGGUGACUACCCGUCCAUCAUGAAGGAGCGCAUUGGAAAUUUGAGCGAAGCGCAAGGCUUUCCGCAGUCUCGUUUGCCGGUAUUUACCGCGCGGGAAAUUAACUUGCUGCGCGGAUCGUCCGACUUCUUCGCCCUGAACACGUACACGACCUCGCUGGUGUCGAAAAAUGAUGCCAACAACACGGCCGGCUAUCCGGUACCGUCCUAUCUGCACGACAUGGGCGUCGUGGAGUCGGCCGAUCCGGACUGGCCCGUAGCGGAGGAAACUUCCUGGAUAAAGAUAGUGCCCUUUGGAUUGCACAAACUGCUGCUCUGGAUCAAGGACAACUACAACAGCCCGGUGAUCUACAUCACGGAGAACGGGAUCGGGUCCGGACCGGGCACGAAGGAUCUGCAGCGUGUGCACUAUCUCAAUUUUUAUCUCAACUCUGUGCUGGUCGCGAUCGAGGAUGGGUGUGACGUGCGGCUGUACGUGGCGUGGAGCUUGAUGGACAAUUUUGAGUGGCGCGAUGGAUACACACAAAAGUUUGGCCUGUACUACGUUGAUUUUGACGAUCCGGCGCGCACCCGGUACGGCAAAGUGUCUUCGAAAGUGUUUGCACGCAUUGUGAAAACGCGUACGAUCGAUUUUAACUAUCAACCCGAACCCGAUGUGCUUUUGACUGGCAUUAAAGCGAAUGGAACUGCUGUGCUGCCGAACGUGGUCGUGUUUGCCUCGACAGCCCUGCUGAUGGUUGUUGGGCGACGGAUUUACGCGACGUUUGGUUAGGGUGAUUGCUGUGAAAAGCGUGCUGCUAGGGCUGGGGUUCGUUUGUUUGUAGUGGAAAGUACUUUUUACUUGAUUGUUAAAGUAUCAUUUAGUGUGUUGAUUGGUGGGAGCUAUAUAAUAAAGGAAAGUCUUAUAGAUUUUGUA